AUGGGCCCGCGGCGCCGAAGCCGCAAGACCUCAACCCCGAGGAGGCGCCAGGAGCCGAGCCCGGGCCCCAGCGUCCCAAGGCGCCUGGAGCCGAGAGGGAAACUGAGGACCUUGGUCCUGCGGGAAAUCCGCACCCUCCAGAAGACCACCCACCUGCUGCUGAGAAAGCUGCCCUUCAGCCGCGUGGUUCGAGAAAUCUGUCUUAAAUUUGCCCGUGGUGUGGACUUCAACUGGCAAGCCCACGCACUAUUGGCCCUACAGGAGGCAGCAGAAGCAUUUCUAGUUCACCUCUUCGAGGACGCCUACCUCUUGACGCUCCACGCACGCCGGGUCACCCUUUUCCCCAAGGACAUCCAGCUGGCGAGGAGGAUCCGGGGCAUUGAGGGGGGCCUGGGCUGA